AUGAACUCAGAUUUAUCUUUUCUUGGUACUUCAAAUACUCCAACAAGAAAACGAUAUUCAAUAGCAGCAUUUCCGGUUAAUGAUAAUUUAACUAAAUAUAAUAAUAUUGAAGCAAUUGAAAUAUCAUUAGACAUAUUUGAUAAAGACAAUGAUGGAAAUACAAGCUUAAUGAAAGCUAUACAAGACAAUAGGCCAUUAGCUGUACAAAAUAUUAUGAAAAAAGCAUAUACUACAAAUUCUAUUACAAGGCUUCUUAAUUCAACUAAUAAAAAAGGUGAAACACCAUUAAAAUUAGCUUCAGAAGGAUGUAAUUUAGCUAUUAAAGAAUAUUUAGAAGGUAUAAAAGUAAAAAAAAUAAAUCCUUUAUUAGAAAAUAUUAAAAUUUCUACUGGACAAACAGAUGAAUUAAUAAUUAAAAAUAUGAAUAUAUUACCUGAAAUUAUUAAACCAAAUAUGUUUGGAACAACUGAACGUGAUUCUUUUAUACCAACAAUUGCUGAAAAUGAAAAUAACAAAAUUUCAAAUGAGUUAUUGUUGUUUUCAACUCCUAGAUUAAGAAGUAUAUCUAUAGCAGGGGAACCAUAUAAUGGUAAUAAUGCAUUACAAGAAUUAAAAAAAGUUACUCAUAAAAAAACAUCGUUUCCCUCACAAGAUUUGAAAGAUGUAAUAAGUAUUAAUGAAUUAGGUAAAAACAAAAAAUACAGUAGUGCAGACACUGGUAUAUUUAGUAAAAAAAGUUCAACAGCAUCAUCAAAAAUUUCAACAUCAUCAGAAACUUCUAUACUUGAAAAUAAUAUUAAAAAUAAAAAACCUUCAUUACCAAAAUAUCGUCAUGUUGAUGGAGCUGUUGAUAUUACAACAAAUUUUUUUCCAAUUGUUAAAGAUGAUAGUAAUAUAAGAGAAAAUCCAGAAACAAAUAUUGUAUUAAUGUUAACAGAUAAGGUUAAAAAUUUUGUUAAAAAAAAAGAAAGUUUUCAAGGUUAUACAUGUUAUGAUACACAAUUAUUAUAUAUGCCAAGAGAAGAAGAUGACGAUAAUAAUGAAGAUUUACCAAAAUCAAUUAAAAAUACAACUGAUUAUUCUGAGUUAAAUGAAUAUAGAGCUGAAAGAUAUGGUUCAAGUUAUUCACCUAUUAAUAAAGUACAAAAAAAUGAAGAUUUUCAAAUUGAUAUUGGUAAUACCAUUAGUAUAAAAAAUCGUUCGCAAAGCUUAUGUAAAAUUUUAGAUAAAUCAUCACCAAAAUACUAA